AUGUCAAUAGACGAUGCCCCGGCAGACGAAGGUGAUGGAGCGCCACGAAAUAGCUACAACUUUGCACCCGGAUAUAAUGGCAUUGUCUAUCGUGCAGACACGCCUGAUUGGGGGUCUGGGCCUCAGCCCAGCCAUCAAGCAACAAACGCCAUGAAUCCUCCAGCGUCGAGCGCUACCAAUUCGGAGACUGUCAAGUACAAGCUUCAAUCCAUGAAAUGGGGGUUGGUUCCUUUCUGGACCAAGCGAAACCCGGAGUAUGCCAAAGUUCUCAAGACCAUCAACUGCAGGGAUGACUCCCUGAGCACAUCUGGAGGCAUGUGGUCAUCCAUGAAAGCCCGAAAGCGAUGCAUCAUCGUCGCCCAAGGGUUCUUUGAGUGGCUUAAGAUCGGCCCUAAGGAAAAGAUGCCCUAUUUCACGAAGAGAGAAGAUGGCCAUCUCAUGUGCUUUGCCGGGCUCUGGGAUUGCGUGCAGUACGAAGGCUCAGAGGACAAGAAUUACACCUACACCAUUAUCACAACGGAUUCCAACACACAGUUAAAAUUUCUCCACGACCGUAUGCCGGUUGUUUUGAAGCCGGGAUCUGAAGCUAUAAGCGCGUGGCUGGAUCCAUCUCGCCAAGAAUGGUCUCGUGAACUCCAAUCCUUGCUCAAGCCGUUUGAUGGAAGACUCACCAUCUACCCCGUCACCAAGGAGGUUGGGAAAGUGGGCAAUAACUCACCAUCCUUCAUAAUCCCAUUGGACAGCAAGGAUAACAAGUCCAAUAUCGCAAAUCUAUUUGCCAACGCCUCCAAAAAGACUGACACAUCUCGCAAGGAGCUCAGGAACACCUCAGAACCAAACGAUUCCAGAAUGUCGCUUCCAGUUCUCGCUGAUUCCUGUAGUAAAAUGGUUCCAGAGGCACCCACCGACAAUGUAUCGCCUGGUAAAAAGCGAAAGCUAUCAACUGUAUCAAAUAAUAACGACAAGUUAAGUGAUGCUCCUGGUUGUAAGGCUUCUCGCAAGAUAAGUCCAACACAGGUAAGGAGCAUAAAUAGAGUGAAGGAGAAAGAGAGUCAAAAGAUUACUAAAUUCUUUAAAAGUAGUAACUAG